UCUCCAGCUUUUCUUCUUGAUUUCUGCCUUUGUAUUCUUUAAUAAGAAGAAUGAACUGCCUCCCUUCUUCUUCAAAUCUUUGUCUUUCUACUGAUUUUGUGCAAAAAUUUGGCUUCUUCCUGCCAUUAAAAAUACCGCACAGCGCUCAGUCUUUCUCAUCAACUCCAUACCUUCGCCUUUGCAAGAAGUGUUACUCUGUUGCUUCGAACUCUUCCACUUCCCUUCGAAGAACAACAAAUUAUCAGCCGAGCUUAUGGGAUGACAGUCAAAUACAGUCUCUGAAUACUACUUCUUUCACUGGAGAUGUGCAUGAAAAGAGAAGAGAGAAGCUGAAGGAGGAUGUGAAGCGUCUUAUUAAGGAGAAGAGUUUUGCUGAUCAGCUGGAGCUUUUUGAUUCAUUGCAAAAGCUUGGGGUGGCUUAUCAGUUUGAAGAGGAAAUCAAAUAUUUAUUAAAUUUGAUGAAAUAUUCAGAAGAGAAGUUAAGAAUGGAAUUCACUGAGGACGUUCAUGUCAUGGCCUUGUAUUUUAGGCUUUCAAGGGAGCAUGGCUUUGAGGUCUCCAAAGCAAAUUGCGUUGACACUAUUUGCCACCACCCGCCAUUAUCUAUUGGUCGUCGCAGCCAUCGCCAGCAUCCCCGCUCGCUAAAGGCCACCACCAUCUGCCUACGGCCAUCUCCACUAUCGCUUCCGCUAGAGGUGUAA